AUUUGUCCAUGUCUCCGACAGAGCCUGGGAGGCUGCCAGUGGGAUUUCAGAGACCGAAAGCGUGAAGGGGCGGGCGAUGUGGCAAUCCGUCUGGGAUGUGAAAAGCGUGGAGCAGACUUAGAGGCAUUCGACAAAAACACAGGAAAUCACUCCUCCGCGGCUCCUGGGCGCCGCGGCCGGCCGAGGCCCGGACUGAGACCCGCAGCGGCGAGCAGAGUGGCCCAGAGCGCGCGGCUCCGCGCCGGGUCGUGCCCGCCUAGCCCGGCACCUCCCUCGGGAGCUGCAGCCGCUCGAGCCAUGGCCCUCCACCGCUACGCCAGCCCAAGGGUCGCUUUCGCCUGCUGUUGGUUCCUCACUGUUCUUCUAGGCUUCUGCAUAUCAUUCAAUGUUGAUGUGAAAAAUUCAAUGACUUUCAGUGGCCCGGUGGAGGACAUGUUUGGAUAUGCUGUUCAACAAUAUGAAAAUGAAGAAGGAAAAUGGGUACUUAUUGGUUCUCCAUUAGUUGGCCAACCCAAGAACAGAACUGGAGAUGUCUAUAAAUGUCCAGUUGGGAGAAGUGAAUCAUUACCUUGCAUAAAAUUGGAUCUACCAGUUAAUACAUCAAUUUCCAAUGUCACAGAAGUAAAGGAGAACAUGACCUUUGGAUCAACCUUAGUCACCAACCCAAACGGAGGGUUUCUGGCAUGUGGACCCUUAUAUGCCUAUAGAUGUGGACAUUUACAUUACACAACUGGAAUCUGUUCUGAUGUCAGCCCCACAUUUCAAGUCGUGAACUCUUUUGCCCCUGUACGAGAUUGCAGCAGUCAACUGGACAUAGUCAUAGUGCUUGAUGGUUCCAAUAGUAUUUACCCCUGGGAAAGUGUUACAGAUUUUUUAAAAGACCUUCUGGAAAGAAUGGAUAUUGGUCCUAAACAGACACAGGUUGGAAUUGUACAAUAUGGAGAAAACAUAACCCAUGAGUUCAACCUCAAUAAGUAUUCAUCAACAAAAGAAGUACUUGCUGCAGCAGAUAAAAUAGUCCAGAGAGGUGGUCGCCAGACUAUGACAGCCCUUGGAAUAGACACAGCAAGGAAAGAGGCUUUCACUGAAGCCCGGGGUGCACGAAGCGGGGUUAAAAAAGUCAUGGUUAUUGUGACUGAUGGAGAGUCCCAUGACAAUCACCAACUGAAUAAGGUCAUCCAAGACUGUGAAGAUGAAAACAUUCAGCGUUUUUCCAUAGCUAUUCUUGGAAGCUAUAACAGAGGAAACUUAAGCACUGAGAAAUUUGUGGAGGAAAUAAGAUCAAUUGCAAGUGAGCCCACUGAAAAGCAUUUCUUCAACGUGUCUGAUGAAUUGGCUCUAGUCACUAUUGUUGAAGCUCUGGGAGAAAGAAUAUUUGCCCUGGAAGCUACAGCUGAUCAAUCAGCAGCUUCAUUCGAAAUGGAAAUGUCUCAGAUGGGCUUCAGUGCUCAUUAUUCACAGGAUUGGGUUAUGCUUGGAGCAGUAGGAGCCUAUGAUUGGAAUGGGACAGUCGUCAUGCAGAAGGCUGAUCAAAUCAUCAUCCCCCAAAAUACAACCUUUAAUGUCGAGUCUAGCAAAAAGAAUGAACCUCUUGCUUCUUACUUAGGUUACACCGUAAACUCUGCUACUGUUUCUGGAGAUGUCCUCUAUAUCACUGGACAACCAAGGUACAAUCACACAGGCCAGGUCAUUGUCUACAGGAUGGAAAAUGGGGAUAUCCAGAUUCUCCAGACACUCAGUGGAGAACAGAUUGGUUCUUACUUUGGCAGUGUUUUAACAACAAUUGACAUAGAUAAAGAUUCAAAUACUGACAUUCUUCUGGUUGGGGCUCCCAUGUACAUGGGAACAGAGAAAGAGGAACAAGGAAAAGUGUACGUGUACGCCCUGAAUCAGACAAGGUUUGAAUAUCAAAUGAGCCUGGAACCCAUUAAGCAGACGUGCUGUUCGUCUCUGAAGCACAAUUCAUGCACAAAGGAAAACAAAAACGAACCAUGUGGGGCUCGUUUUGGAACAGCGAUUGCGGCUGUAAAAGAUCUCAAUCUUGAUGGAUUUAAUGACAUUGUGAUAGGAGCUCCGCUAGAAGAUGAUCACGGAGGUGCUGUGUACAUUUAUCAUGGAAGUGGCAAGACUAUAAGGAAGGAGUAUGCACAACGUAUUCCAUCAGGUGGAGAUGGCAAGACACUGAAAUUUUUUGGCCAAUCUAUCCACGGAGAAAUGGAUUUAAAUGGUGAUGGUCUGACUGAUGUGACUGUCGGGGGCCUUGGUGGCGCUGCCCUCUUCUGGUCCCGAGAUGUGGCUGUAGUUAAAGUAACCAUGAAUUUUGAACCCAAUAAAGUGAAUAUUCAAAAGAAAAACUGCCAUGUGGAAGGAAAGGAAACAGUGUGCAUAAAUGCUACAGUGUGUUUUGAUGUGAAAUUAAAGUCCAAAGAAGACACAGUGUACGAAGCUGAUUUGCAGUACCGUGUCACAUUAGAUUCACUAAGACAGAUAUCACGAAGUUUUUUCUCUGGAACUCAAGAAAGAAAGAUUCAAAGAAACAUCACAGUUCGAGACUCUGAAUGCACUAAGCACUUCUUCUACAUGUUGGACAAGCAUGACUUUCGAGACUCUGUGAGGAUAACUUUGGAUUUUAAUCUUACUGAUCCAGAAAAUGGGCCUGUUCUUGAUGAUUUUCUACCAAACUCAGUACAUGAAUAUAUUCCUUUUGCCAAAGAUUGUGGAAACAAGGAAAAAUGUAUCUCCGACCUUGACCUGGUUGCUUCCACAACAGAAAAGGGCCUGCUGAUCGUCAAGUCCCACAAUGAUAAGUUCAACGUUAGCCUAACAGUCAAAAAUAAAAGGGACAGUGCCUAUAACACCAGGACAAUCGCGCACUAUUCUCCAAACCUAAUUUUUUCAGGAAUUGAGGCUAUUCAAAAAGACAGUUGUGAAUCCAAUCAUAAUAUCACAUGUAAAGUUGGAUAUCCUUUCCUGAGAGGAGGAGAAGAGGUGACUUUCAAAAUAUUAUUUCAGUUUAACACAUCUUAUCUUAUGGAAAAUGUCAUCAUUCAUUUAAGUGCAACAAGUGACAGCGAAGAACCUCCCGAAGCCCUUUCUGACAAUGAGGUAAACAUUUCUAUCCCCGUGAAAUAUGAAGUUGGACUACAGUUUUACAGCUCUGCAAGUGAAUACCAUAUUUCAAUUGCGGCCAAUGAAACAGUCCCUGAAAUUAUUAAUUCUACUGAGGACAUUGGAAAUGAAAUUAACAUCUUCUACUUGAUUAGAAAAAGUGGACAUUUCCCAAUGCCAGAACUUAAGUUGUCAAUUUCAUUCCCCAACUUGACAUCAGAUGGUUACCCUGUGUUGUACCCAACUGGAUGGUCAUCUUCUAAUAAUGCAAACUGCAAACCCAGUAGCCUUCUGGAUCCUCUUGGAAUCAACUCUGGGAAGAAAAUGAUUAUAUCCAAAUCUGAAAAUCUCAAACGAGGCACAAUUCUGGACUGCAGUUCAUGUAAAUUUGCUACCAUUACAUGUAAUCUGAUUCCUUCGGACGUGAGCCAAGUGAAUGUUUCACUUACCUUAUGGAAACUAACUUUUAUAAAAACACAUUUUUCCAGCUUAAAUCUUACUGUAAGGGCGGAACUUCAGAGUGAAAAUACAUCCUUGAUUUUAAAUAGUGGCAAUAAAAAAAGAGAGCUUGCUAUUCAAAUAUCCAAAGAUGGGCUACCAGGCAGAGUGCCAUUAUGGGUUAUCCUGUUGAGUGCUUUUGCGGGAUUAUUGCUGUUAAUGCUGCUCGUAUUAGCCCUGUGGAAGAUUGGAUUCUUCAAAAGACCACUGAAAAAGAAGAUGGAGAAAUGAAAUAUUUUACAAGAGAAAAAAAAACAAUUUUUCAAUGAUCUAUCCUCAGGUUUGCCUCCAAUAUGUGACAAGAAAAAUAUAACU